AACUCCAAACCCCAAGAAAGAGAGAGAAAAGAAGAAAAAAAAAAUCUAAAAUUUUCAAAAACUAAACCAAAAAAACACACUAAAUAAUAACAUAGACAAAAACAAAAAACCUAAAAAAAAAAAAACCCAAAAACAAUUGCAGCAACUUCAAGAAUAUGUUUUUCUUUUACCACCACCACCCACACGAGCGGUUCUCGAAUUGCAUGCACUGCACACACUUUUUUGUUUUGUUUUUUUCCCAUAAAUUAAUAUUUUCUUUCAUGAGAGAGAAACUAAGAAAUAAAAAUAAGAGUUACAAAACACAUUAUUACUACUGUUAUGCUAAUAAAGCUUUGAACUUUAAUAUAAAAUCAGUCUCAAAAUAAGGACCCUGACCUCAUUUUCUCAGAGGUAUAUGUUUGUAUAUAUACAUGUAUUUAUAUAUUAAUAUUUUAUAUGUGUAUAUGAGUGAGAAAAACAGUGAGAGAAUCGUGUGGUUGGUUUCCCAUUUCUUCAUCAAACAGAGUAAAGAAAACACCAUUCUGUUUUGAGUUUUUUCUUUCUAUAACGUAUUUUCCUUAAACCCAUAUAAAAAGAUUUCAUUUUUACUGAUUUCUUACCCCUCAUUUCACUUUCUCACCAACUUUCUCUCCUUCCAAACACAACCCUUUACUCUCUCAAAACUAUCCAAGUUAAAAAUCAAACCUUUGGUUUGAUUCUAAUCACACUAUGAAUCUUCAGCACUUGAAAAGUGAUUUCAACUGUUUAAAUGGGUACAAUAAUAAAAAUAUGAGCUUUAUCCCAUCUCCUCCUAAACUUUCUCUCUUCAAAACAAGUUGUGAUGAAAUGGGUUUUCAGAUUUUGAGCUCUUCAUCUGAGAAAACCAAGAAAGAAUGGAUUUUUCCUAACCAAAUGGAAAACAGAGAAGAAAAGAGAAUAAGUGAUCUUAAUGUGUUUGAUGAAAUACCUGAAAGAGAAGAAAUCAGAAUCAGGACUACAUCUGGUGUGAAAAAUGUUCACACAAAGCUUUGUGCUAGAGGCCAUUGGAGACCAAUAGAAGAUGCUAAGCUUAAGGAGCUUGUAACCCAAUAUGGUCCUCAAAAUUGGAACUUAAUUGCUGAAAAUCUUGAAGGAAGAUCAGGGAAAAGUUGUAGAUUGAGGUGGUUUAAUCAACUAGAUCCAAGAAUUAACAGAAGGGCUUUUAGUGAAGAAGAAGAGGAAAGAUUGUUGGGUGCUCAUAGAUUAUAUGGUAACAAAUGGGCCAUGAUUGCUAGACUUUUUCCUGGCAGAACAGAUAAUGCUGUUAAGAAUCAUUGGCAUGUAAUUAUGGCUAGAAAACAUAGAGAACAAUCUAAUGUUUACAAGAGAAGAAGACCCUCUUCUUCUUCAACUUCAUCAUCUUGUCAUUCCCAAAUUCUAGUCCCUAAAGUUAUUGACAUGACUUUAUCAACUAACAAUAAUGAUCAUAAUUACAAUAAUGGUUCAAGUACUACUGAGUCAACAAUUUCAAACACCAUCAAUGAUCAUGAAUCAAUCUCAACUUGUACUGAGCUUUCUUUAACUCCAUCUUCAACAUCUCAUCACUAUGGCUUAAAAAAUGGGAGUUUUGACAAGUUACUUAGUCUCUACAAAAGAAGAGUUGGAAUUGGUCAAUCAGAUUCUAACUCAGAAAACUCUGCAGAGUACUAUUCAGUUGCAACCAAUAAGAGCAUUAAUUUAACCAUGUUUGAUCCAAAUCAAACCCAAAACAUCAAAGAAGAUAAGGUUGAUGAGAAAAAGAUCAUUACUUUGUCCUUCAUUGACUUUCUUGGAGUAGGAGCUAACUAGUUUCUUUAGUACUUCUUCUUCUUGUUGUUGUUAUUAUUGUUAUUAUUAUGACUAGUUUAGUUUCUACUACUACAAUGGAGUUUAGCUUAAUUAUAACCCAAAAAUAAUCACUUGAAAAAGUUCAGAGAAAAUGGAGUGGUAGUAGGCUGAGAAUGAUGACAUUUCUACAGUGUUUGAUGUACAGUUUAGAUCCAUAAAUGGGAAGAAAAAAAAAGUAAUAUAGGUAAAAAAAAAAUGGAGAAAAAGAGAGAAACUUUUUUUUUUUUAAAUAUAUAUUUUAUUUAAUGUAAUUUUGGACAAGAAGAAGAAAGCCAAUAUUUUUGGGUACUUUUUUUGGACCAGUUACUGAAUCAAUGAAUGAAUCUGCCUAUCUUUCCUGA